AUGUUGCCUAGUUUGAGGGUAUCCCAAUUUGGCGAUCUUUGGCAAGCCACUUUGGAGGGCAAAGAAACUUAUAAAACGCUUUGUCUGCUCGGGAUUGUCCGACAAAUAUUUUUUGCUCUUCGCCGCGGUAAUAUCAUGCUGGGAAUACUGUUUCUCGCUUUAUUGGCUGGCUGCUCUGCGGAACUGGGCUACCAGUACCAGCAGAAUAGUUAUGGAUCACCCGUGAAUAGCUAUGGAAAUGAAGCUACUUUGCCUGAGGAAAGGUAUCACAGUACUCCAGGCAAACACUACCAGGAGAAUGCCGACUUCCACAAGCACUUCUAUGCCUUUGAGGCCCCCUAUGAUUCCGCAGAAGAGGCGAACUUGGUGGAAUCCAAGCUGGCAUCUCUUGGGCAGAAGAACCUUCAGGUGGUGUUCAUCAAGGCCCCCGAAAACAAGGCUGUGGUGGGUGCUCUUAGUGCCCUGGCCAAGCAAACUACUGAGGAUAAGACGGCCAUUUAUGUUUUGAAUAAGCAAACGGAUGCCCAUGAGCUGGCCAGUGAAAUAAGUGCCCUGAAGAGCCAAAGGAAACACAAGCCACAGGUUCAUUUUGUGAAGUACAGAACGGAGGAGGAGGCUGCCCAGGCCCAACAGUAUAUACAGGCUCAAUACGGCGGAGGAUCUGCCAUUACACAGGCCUCGAAGGCUUCGUCAUUGGGUUAUUACCCCGAGCAGCAGCCUCAGUAUGGGGAGGAAUCUCAAGCUGGAGAGUAUCCCGCUUCGCAAGUGGGUUACCCGCAGUCUGUCCAACAAUCCACCUACCAACCCCAAUCGGGUUAUCUGCCGCCCUUGCCCAGUUACUCCUCCAUUUCCCAGGGCUACAAUGCCGCAGGCUCCUCAGCUGGAGCUUCUUCCAUAGGAAACAUAGAUCUGCCACCUGUUCCCGAGGCGCAGCAAGAUCUUUCGGAUAGUUAUAAUAGUAUUCAAGGGGAGUACCGCUCCGCCAGAUCAAGACGUAAUGAUUUCCGAGCCAAUGAGCGACACAGGCGAGGAAGUCGCAUGGUUUUUCCCUCUCCAAACCCAGGAAAACGAGUGAGGCUCUAA